CUUACUACUGCGGCUAUUGAAUCCUGUACGACCAUCCGGUUUUUGGCCCCACGAUUCGCAUUGCGAUCAGAGGAAGAUAUGCACUAAAACUAUACAAACUAUUAUAAUAUAGGCAAAUUGACAGCUUGCGGUGCGGUACAGUGUUAGUGGCUUCGAUGUAAUGGUAUUGACCUAAAUAGUGUACCAUUCACAACUAAGUUACUUAUCUACGUUUUAGUAUCUAUAAGGGUUGGAAAGGGUUCUUGCUUGUCGCGAGUGUAUGUUAAGGUUACCGUGAGCGUAAGGUUGUGGUGCAGCAGUACAAUAACACGGGACAAGUUGGCGCAUUGUUCGUUAGGAAAGCGCGGACGCCGAAAGGAACAUUUUCUCUUCCAGGAGUUGUUCCUUUCUUAGAAUAUGAUAGGUUUAAGCCGCCGUGGGGUUAAUGCAGGACCACCAUUGAGCUUGGCAUCUACACUGGAGGACGCUACGAAUAAUUGGAAAGGAACUCCCACGGGACCUUCCGAUCCCUCCCAGCAAGGCCCGGGCGGGGCUGGUGGUCCUGGUGGCCCAGGUGGCGCAGGAGGUGGUGGCCCCGUCGGCCCUGCAGGGCCCGGAGUGCCCGGGGGUCAAGGUGGUGGAGUAAACAAUUUCGGUGGUCCUGGAGGAGCCAACAAUUUCGGUGGCCCUGUGUUUCCUGCAGCUGGCCAAGGUUCCCCUGCAGGUGGAUCUGCAGCAAACAGCUAUCAAAAUGUUCCACCCGGUGCCGGUUCCAAUACCCCGCAGUAUACAGCUUCUCCUGCACCAUCUGGAUCAUCGACACCGGGACCUGGCCCCCCACAGAACGUUGGCUCCGGGUUCCCUCCACCGAAUGCCGGCGGACCUUACAAUGGUCCUGGUGGUGGUGGCCCUGUUGCCGUAGGUCCGUUCAGCUCACCGUCCGCUAAUGGUCCACAGUUCGGACGGCCGGGUAGUUCAGGCUCAGCCUUCGGUAGUGGACCCCAUUUUACGUCGCCUGGAGGUCCGGGAUCAUUCGGAGGCCCACAGUUUGGAAUGCCUCCGGGAUCGCCUUUCGGGCAUGGGCCAAAUGGACCUAGCAUGGGUGGACCGAUGGGACAAGGACACAUGAUGGGCGGACCACAGCCCGUUGACCGCAUGGAUCAAAGUCAAUUGAACGUUCCCAGAAGACAUGCAUACUUCGGACAACCUGAUUAUAGAAUGUACGAGCUAAACAAACGUCUACAACAAAGAACUGAAGAAAGUGAUAACUGUUGGUGGGAUUCGUUCGCGAACGAGUUUUUCGAAGAUGAUGCAACACUGACUCUAACCUUUUGCUUAGAGGAUGGACCAAAAAGAUAUACUAUAGGACGCACACUAAUUCCACGUUAUUUUCGAAGUAUCUUCGAGGGUGGCGUAUCGGAACUGUACUUUAAUUUGCGACACUCGAAAGAGUCCUUCCACAACACUUCGAUCACGCUGGACUGCGAUCAGUGUACGAUGGAGACAGUUCAUGGGAAACCUAUUUACACCAAGGUACUCACCGAAGGUCGUCUUAUACUAGAGUUUACGUUUGAUGAUCUAAUGCGGAUAAAAUCGUGGCACAUGGCAGUGCGGACCCACCGCGAACUCAUACCGCGAUCGGUGAUCGCACUACACAGUCCCCAACCGGACCCGGUCAUGAUAGAGCAGUUGUCGAAGAAUAUUACUAGACAAGGAAUUACCAACUCCACAUUAAACUAUCUGCGCUUGUGUGUGAUAUUAGAACCUAUGCAGGAAUUAAUGUCCAGACAUAAAGCCUACGCACUGAGCCCCCGAGAUUGCCUGAAAACGACAUUGUUCCAAAAAUGGCAACGGAUGGUCGCACCGCCGGGUAAGAAAGGAGAUGCCCAACGACCGGCCAACAAACGGAGGAAACGUAAGGGGUCCAGCUCAGGUGCUGGAGCAGGUAACGCUGGUCCACAGGUGCCCAGCAAAAAGCGCUCUCCGGGCCCAAAUUUUUCGCUGGCGUCUCAGGUAGAUGUCAUGGUGGUCGGUGAACCGUCUCUUAUGGGGGGUGAGUUUGGCGAUGAAGACGAGCGACUUAUAACACGGCUGGAAAAUACGCAGUACGAUGCGGCUAACUCCCUCGAACACGAUGGCCACAAUGCAUUCGGCGGCGGCCACAAUGACGGCCCAAUGGCUGGUGGCCCAAACUCAUGGCAGGUGGAUCGGGGUGGUGGCCCGAACAACAACACCGGUCCAACCAACCAGGAUGUGGACAAGAAAAGCCCUUCCGUAUCUCAGUGACAAAUGUAAAGCGCAACGCACCAUCUCGCCAGCGUGCAUUCGGUCAGUAUGACUGAAACAAAGCUCUGGUAAACGGUGCGUUGGGUACAACGUGCAGCGACAACAACUAAAGACGGAAACUUAAACCGUCUUCCAAAAGAUCAACAGAAGAGCGCUGAGCUCUUGUGAUUCGCGCGGCACCAGGUUUGUGGAAGUCGAAAAUCAUCAAAAGUCGGAAUAAUCCUCAAUCACCUACAACCAGGUCCUCGGUGCAACAGAAGUAUUCUGCCCCGCUGUCUUCUGCUACAUUAAACAAAGCACUUGCGCAUCGGAUGAAAAGAAAGUAAUUUUGGAAUUUAAAAAUGAUAUUGUAUUAUAUUCGAGAGUAUGUGGAUUCAAGGAGUAUAAAAGCUCUUGAAAUGCGAUUUGGCGGACAGAAGCGCACUGCAGUGAGAUUGAAAAGUGCGGAAUGUGUGCGUAUGUGCGAGUGGACAAGAAAAGAAGAGUUUGAGUACUCCGAGAGACAUUUUCUUUAAUUGCUUAAAUAAGAUUUGCUUGAACCAAUGAGAAUUUUCCCUUUUUGAAUUCAUUUGAACUUCGAACAAGCACUUUUUGUUGGGUUAUGAUUUUUGUAUUUUGUUCAAAUUGGUAACCAACUGCAGACGUGAUCUACUGUUUAGUGAACGAGCCAACACUUAUUACGGAUUACGGAACACGAGCGACAAAUGGUACCAAAUAAAUAAGAUUGGAGAACGGUUUCUUUUUGUUACGAAUCAAUCAACAGAUUCGGUAUUGGUCACAUUGUAUCCAUUUAGCCUUACUUUGGAUAUUCCAGGUUUUGUUUAAAAAUGCCUCAUGCUUUGUUACUCGUCAUUCACACAAAUCAGUCCGGGCGACUCACCGGGUUUAGUAACGGAAUUGACAGCUUUUAAUUUUGAAAUUUUAAUUUUCGACCUAAUUAAGCAAUAUGCAUCUAAACACACCGUUUCACGAGUAUUGUUCGAAUGUGGCCAUGCCGUUUGGUAGAGCUGAGAGUACGUUUUAUUCGAGUUUAAAAUGACAGAUGCAGAUGAAUACCAAGUUCGCGUACACUGUAUGGGGAUGCAAACAUACGGAACACGCGAAUAUUUGAUGAAUAACUUAUUUAAUCUAUAAUACAGCUACAAUUCAGUGUACAUAAUAAUGGACGGGAAAUGGCAGAAAACGUUACAACAAAGUGGGGCGAAGCUAUAAAAACCCCGGGAACAGUGUUGGGUUAGAUACGUCAAUACCGCGGCGCUAUUGUGUAAAAUAGAAACAAGUGGACUCUACCACUUAUAGUAAAUAGUUGUCUUGCCAAAUAGGCUUAGACUCUCUCCAUGGUGGGCAUGUCUGAUUAAGAACUUAGAGGAAAGGUAAAAGUAUGUUAUUUUUUACCUCCACUGGGCAGUGAGAUGCGGAAACAAAAACUGUAGUUAAGUGUGAACUAAAACGAAAGGGUACGGAAAACAAGCAUGAACGAUAUAGAGAAUCUCUUUUUAAAAGAAAACUGGAUGAUCGACAAAAUGUCUGCUUUGUGAAUAGUGCGCAUAGAUAAGUAGGCGUUUGAGAGGAAAGCAAAUACCUGCGCAAACACACACAAGCGUUGUCCGAGAAUGUAUAAUUAUGCAAGUAAAAACAAUAGGAAACAAUCUCCAGCACUCCAUUAUGCGUUCAGUUUUCAAACAACCAUUGUUGAACGGGUUUUUUUUUAAAUAUAUUGUUGAGAGGAAACCAGUAUAAAUUUUCUUGAAUCGCUAGCGUCCAAACGAACCAUGGGUUUUCCAUGGUCCGUAUGUUCAUCGCAUGUCGUUCAAGCAUCGUGUAUUUUGUUACCAACACAUGGCUGAACGUAUGGCUAAAAGGACGAAGUAAUUUAUACCUCAUCCUGCGAGAGAUAAGUUCCAUUCGGCGCAGAAAGGAAUCUUGAAAUGACAUGAACAGAAACGUGCGUGUGUAUGAUUAAGUUCAUCGGAAUUGUUUCAGAUCAGACACGGUGGUAUAGAAAUAAACUAAAUCCGAGCAUACAAAUGCAUACACGGUCUGCUAACUGCUUGUUCGGAUAUUCAGAGACUUUUGUUUGGAUUCGAACAAUGAACGGUUUAUUUCACGCACGAUGAAUGGCUGGUUGUUAAACGGAUAGUAUAACGCCGGUAUCUUUAGCAAUUUGAGGUUUUUUUUGUUCGAAUUGUUCGGAAAAAGAAAGCAUAACAAACACUAUCAGGAAAACGAUCAGACAGAAAAGGUGAUGGGUCAUACGCAUUACCAACCUAUGCUAAACAUGUUUCAGUGUAAAAAAUUGCGGCAAACGAGUAAGUAAAAGUUCACAACCCAGGGGAAGAAGGAAACAGUUUCAUCACCACCAUCACUCAACACUUUCCAUAUUUUAAUAUGUACGCGCACUAGUACUGCGUAGUAAUGGCGGAUGGAUGGCCACCUGGAGGUCGUCAAGAGUGUAAUUAAAAGUCACAAAAUUUAGGUUUUGUAUAGUGCAAAAACAAACUUUUUGCGAAAUUUUUAAAAUUAAAUUCAAACAAAAAAAUCGGUACGGUACGUUCGCGUGUCCUGCUUUUCGCAGUGGGUUAAGGUUGCAACAAACUAUAAAGGCUAGCAAGAAAUUGGGGAAUAUACAUAAUAUAAGUCGGCGCUUCGGGUAGCGCAGUUUAAGGCGAAAGCAAGAACCGAAGUUCCGUUCGGAGUAUUGCGAACAUCCGGCAAUGAAUCAUAUGUGUGGUGCGACGGCAAUGGCACAUAUAAAAAUAUUGUUUAGGAGAAAGUAAGAUUAGGCCGAGAAGACUAGAGGCCGCGCGUCUAAAUUGAUCCGAGAUGUAGGUGGGUAGGUGGUCAUCCGGGAGUGAAACUAUAAAGCUACGAUGUUUAUAGUUAUAAUGAAUUGAGAAGGGCAUUUGAAAGCACCUACUGAUCCGAUGAGAUGUCAUUGCAAAGGUAUAAGCGAUAUAACUGUAGUGAUCAUAGAAGGUAAUACAAAAUAAGAAGGUGCAACAUGGAAGAAAAUAAUCAGAAAAUCGCGAAAAACAUCCGCAUCGUCAGUAUUUGUUAAAUACACAAUCAUUAGACAGGAAAGAGUGAUCAUUAAGAAAAUUAUUUUUACGUGUAAAUCUCAUUAUUAUUGUAAUUAAAGAAAAAAUGGAUAACU